AUGUUCGCUAAGAUUCUUGCCGUUUCCGCUUUGGUAGCUUGUGCUCAAGCUGGAGUUUUUGAGCUUGGACAUGGACAACACGCCACUUCCUACUCAUCUAUCAACCAACAUGUAGCACCAGUUGCCCACUACGCCGCCGCCCCAGUUGCUCAUUAUGCUACCGCCCCAGUUGCUCAUUAUGCUACCGCCCCAGUUGCUCAUUAUGCUGCCGCCCCAGUAGCUCACUACGCCGCUCCAGUUGCCCACUACACCGCUCCAGUUGCUCACUACGCCGCCCCAAUUGUCAAAGCCGUCCACCAAGAAGUAUAUGCUGAUGCUCAUCCACAAUAUUCCUACGAAUACGGAGUCCAAGACGCCCACACCGGUGAUGUUAAGAACCAACACGAAGAACGUGACGGAGAUGUAGUCAAGGGAUACUAUACCUUGGUGCAACCUGAUGGUGUCACCCGUACCGUACACUACUCCGCUGACUCUCACAAUGGUUUCAAUGCCAAUGUCGAAUAUAAAGGAGAACCAAUUGUACAAAAAGCUGUUGUAGCCAAAACUUUCGUUGCUGCUCCAGUUUUCGAAUACGAAAGUGGAAUGGAUCACAAGCAUUUAACAUGUUCGCUAAGUAUAUUAUACUUGCCGAUUCCGCUUUGGUAUCUUGUGUACAAAUUGGAGUUUUUGAGCUUGGACAUGGACAACAUGCUACUUCCUACUCAUCAUCAACCAAGAUCCGUAGUUAAGACCGUCGCCCCAGUAGCUCACUACGCCGCCCCCCUUGCUGCUUACCACACCGCUCCAGUAGCACACUACGCCGCCCCUGUUGCUGCUUACCACCAUGUACCAGCUGUUGUCAAGACUGUCGCUCCAGUAGCUCAAUAUGCCGCCCCAAUCGUCAAGUCUAUCCACCAAGAACUAUACCCAGACACCCACCCAGAAUACUCUUACCAAUACGGAGUCCAAGAUGCCCACACUGGUGAUGUCAAGAACCAACACGAAGAACGUGACGGAGAUGUUGUCAAGGGAUACUACACCUUGGUCCAACCUGAUGGCGUCACCCGUACCGUCCACUACACCGCUGACUCUCACAACGGAUUCAACGCUGAAGUCGUAUACAAAGGAGAACCUAUUGUACAGAAAGCCGUAGUAGCCAAGACCAUCGUUGCUGCUGCCCCAGUAUACAAAGCCUACCACCAUUAA